AUGCCACGCUUUCGAAGUUUCUCGCUUAAUAACUCUCCGUCAACACCACCAGCAUCUUCAACAUCACCCGCAGCAGCAUCUUCUGGUCCAUCGUCACCAGCUCUUCUUAGUCGUGGUUUCAGAAGCAUAAGACGAGCUCGACGACGUUCUCUUUCUGUACCCUCUUCACCAGCAUCACAACAACAACAAGACCAACAACAGCAACAACAGCAUGAUUGUCCACCUCCUCCUCCUUCGCAACUACAAACACAACCCAAUGCCAUAAUGUCUUCUGCCAACUCGUCUUCUAAUUCCCUCCCAGCUUCCGAUCCUCCCAAUCGCACUCAGAGUCGUGGCAGCAACAACGGUAGCAAUGGGACAAACAUUCGUAUGGUGCCCAACUUGGGGAUUGGCAGUCGUUGCUUUGUCUUUGAUAUCAUUGAACGUACGAUUCCACCUGGUGUCGUUUUCAAAAUUGGCCGAUACAGCGAUCGAAACAUUGCCGAUGAUCGACUUUCGUUCAAGAGCAAAGUUGUAAGCCGUAACCAUGCUGAACUUUGGACUGAAGAAGAUAACAAGGUCUAUCUAAGGGAUGUGGGUUCUUCAAGUGGUACAUUCGUGAAUAGAGCCCGACUCUCGCCUGCUGGUGUGCCCAGUGCUCCUCAGGAAAUCAAGGAUGGUGAUUUGGUUCAAUUGGGUGUGGAUUAUCAAGGUGGUAUUGAGACCAUGUUUCGUGCUGUGCGUAUGCGCGUGGAACUGAAUCGUGAACCACCCACCGUAUCUCAGCCGUUCAGUCGUGCCGCAUUCCAACAAUUGCGACAACAUUUAAUAACAACCGUUGGCCCAACACCACAAGAGCAGCAGCAACCAUCACGUGAUGAAGACGCAAAGGAUUUGAGACAAGGGAUUGAGAAUACGGCAACAGCUACAACGGGACAAGGAUCACCUCUUGCACCAGCAGCACCACCAACGGGGGAUCAAAUCCAAGAAUGCUGUAUAUGUCUCUAUGCCAUUGCUCCUUUGCAAGCAUUGUUUAUUUCACCCUGCUCCCACAUUUUCCAUUUCAAGUGCUUACGACCACUUUUAUUUCAAAACUAUCCUGGUUUCUCAUGUCCUAUAUGCCGCAGCUAUUCUGAUCUUGAAGCAAGUGUCGCCAUCGAAGUACGAGAUUUGGUGGAGAUUAUGGGUGAAAAUCAAGACAAGGAGAAACAUGACCAUGACCAAGGUGAUCAUACCGAUGAUGAUGAUGACGAUGUUCAUCCAAGUGAUAUUGGUGGUGAAGAACUUCAUCCAACGACGACCAAUGUUGAGCCUGAACCAUCACACGAAGAAGAAGAAGAAGACAACAACAACCAUCAUCACCAUCAUGGUGUUCCCGUUCCAUCAUCCACCACCACCACUACGGAUCAUACCACUGCUACCAAUAACAACAACAACAACAACAACAACAACUCAACCAGAUCAACGGCGGCACAUGUGCUGAGUAGUGCUGCUCGUGGGGCUGCAGAAUUAUCAUCGACAUUGGUAGCAACACCUCCCAAUCUUGAUGCCGUCAUGUCAGCAGGAACAUCACCAUUAUAA